UCAUCACUUCGCUGAUUCGUAGCGCUUGGUGCGUUUGUUUGUGGUGCGUAGUUGUUUUGCGCAAGGCCAGAGGGAGGAGAUCGUAAGAAGCUGUCAUCGGAUGAUAGUGGUGCAUUCGCGGUUCGUCCUGCGUUCUCGCGAAUCUCGGUAUUUUUUAGUGUUUUUGGAGUUGUUUGCAACGAAGAAACAGGUUUUCAUCACACAGGAGUGAUUUCGGCUUGUCGGUGUAAAAGCGUACAGUUCCCUUGAUCCGUUGUUGUUUGUUCCCGAUGAUUUGCAGAAGAUUAUCGUUGAUAGCGAGCAGAUAUCGUGUGGGGCAAUAUAAGGGUGAUAAGGCCUUCAGCAACAAAUCUUCUUCUUCAUCAUCCGAUUCAGCAAAAUCAGCUGUCAGCAGUCACCCUCCAAAACAACAACAAACGCCAACUGGGAUGAGUGAGUUCAACACGAUCGCACGACCGUCGGAGCAUGGGAAGCUGCUGGAUAACAAGACCUACUUCCCCGAUCCACCGGCACGCGGCCCACUCACCCGGUACCGGCAGCAGGCCACGGUCGAUUGGCGUAAGGUGAAGCUGGCACUGAACGAUGAGGCCUCCCUGGUACUGCAGCACCGGGUGUGGAGCUUCGCCAGCAAGCAUCCACUCUUUGUCCACCCGAACCACGUCCUCACGAUGGACGAGGAGCGGCACCUUGCGACGAAGCGCAUGUACGUGGUGCAGAACGAACGGAUGUUUACGCUCGUCGACUACCUGGAGCGACCGGAUCUGGCCCCACACUAUCACCAGUCGUGGAUCGCGUACGAACCCAGCAUGGCCGUGAAGUACUCGCUCGGUUUCGGUAUGUUUCCCUCGGUCAUCCGGACGCUGGAUGUGGGCCGAUUGGAUGAGAUCGUCGAACGGAAUGCGACCGGCGAGUAUCUGGGUGCGUUCGGAUUGACCGAGAUCGCGCACGGUACGAACGCGAAGGGUAUGCGUACGACGGCAACGUACGAUCCGGCGGCCGGUGAGUACGUUCUGCAUACGCCCGAUUUCGAGGCGGCCAAAUGUUGGAUCGGCAAUCUGGGCAAAACCUGCACCCAUCUGAUCGUGUACGCCCAGCUGUACACCGCCGAUGGACAGCACCAUGGAUUGAAUGCGUUCGUCGUACCGAUAAGAGAUCCCGCUACACUAAACGCAUACCCCGGCCUAACGGUGGGUGAUCUGGGCCCGAAGGCGGGCCUUCAGGGAGUGGACAAUGGAUUCGUGAUGUUCCGGCAGUACCGCAUACCGCGUGACAAUCUGUUGGCCAGGACAGGUGAUGUGGAUGCGGAAAGUGGUGCCUUCGUGUCACCGAUCAAAGAUCCUAGCCGUCGAUUCGGUGCAUCACUCGGAGCACUGUCCGGCGGCCGCGUCAGCAUCUGCGGUAUCGCCAAUGUGUACCUCACGAAGGCAAUCAGCAUUGCGUUACGCUACUCGGCCGCACGGAAGCAGUUCGGACCGGACGAUGGCACCGACGAAGAGUGGCCUGUGCUCGAGUAUCAGUCGCAACAGUUCCGCCUGUUUCCGCAUCUGGCCGCAAACUUUGUGGUGCGAGUGUUUAACCUUUGGUUCACCAAAGCCUAUGGCGAUAUGCAGUUGGCGAUGCUCGGUGGUGAGAAUGUGGCCAGUGUCGGUAUGGAGGUGCAUGCGCUUUCGUCGGCCGCCAAACCCGUCUGCACCUGGGCGGCCCGUGACGGGGUACAGGAGUGCCGUGAGGCGUGCGGUGGCCACGGUUACCUGAAGCUGUCAACGAUCGGUGAUCUGCGCGGUAACAAUGAUCCCAACUGUACGUACGAGGGCGAGAACAAUGUGCUCAUCCAGCAGGCCUCGAACUGGUUGCUAAGCGUACGGGCGAAGGGUAACGAUCGGUUUGCUCAAGUGUCGCCACUCGGAUCGGCCACAUUCCUUGCUCACAGCGAACAAAUACGCGGACGACGGGCUACUUGGACUACAGCGGUGGAAGCUGGCACGCUAACAAAUCUAAUCAGCGCGAUGGACUGGCUGGUGGUGUAUCUGCUAGAGGAAACGUACCGAAAAGUGACGGAACUGAAAGAACGAGGGAAAUCUUCGUUCGAAGCACGCAACGACUCACAAUCCUACUACGCACGGACACUCUCGAUCGCAUACGGUGAGCGUAUGUUGCUGCAAGUGUACAGCAAGUUUUUGGCGAAUUUGGAGCCCGGUAGCGAGCGGCAAACACUGGAACGGCUCGGUGUCCUGUAUGGUGCUGGUAUUGCGCUCAAACACAUCGGAUUGUUCUAUCAGGGUGGUUACUUUGCGCAGCAACCGAACGGAAUGGCAUUACUGCAGCAGGUGGUACUCGAUCUGCUACCGUUGAUCAAACGCGAAGCGAUCGCGCUGGUUGAUGCGAUCGCACCACCGGAUUUCAUUCUUAACUCACCGCUCGGUAUGAGCGAUGGGGACGUGUAUCGGCACAUGGAGUCGGCCAUCAUGCAGGCACCGGAAGCGCUUGAGCGGCCCAAGUGGUGGCGUGAUGUCGUGCACCGUGACUACGUGCAAUCGAAGCUGUAAGGAGGAACGGAAAGUAGGGAGGGAAAUUGAGCGGUUAUUUGUUAUUUUGUUAGUAGAUUAAUUAUACUCUUUGAAUGUACACUAAUAUUUUAGUUUUCAUACCAUUGAAGCCAAACAAUAAAGGUGCGAGGACCAGGACUGGGCCAGGGCUGGGUUUUUGCGGGAUUUUCUGCAAGUA